UUUUUUUUGCGUUUACUUCUUGUCUCUAAUAUUCAGCUUUUCUUCUGCGUUAUUGGUUGCCUUAAUUUUUCGAGUUUCCAAACUUUUUUCACGGACUAGAUUACGGAGUAUUUCAUAACGAUAAUAAAUCAUUAUAAUCAACAUAUUAUUAUUAUUAUUUUAACAUUUCAACAAUUUAAAACGAUUAAAUGUUGAUUUUGAUUUUCAAACGGUUGUCGUUUAUUACGUUAGUUGUUACGACCAAAUAGGCUUAUGUUCCACCGUCGACAAUAUAUAUAUAUACCGAAAUACACGACGAUAUUAUUAAGCGCGACCGUCGACAACUGAUCGAGUCUCGCCGGUAGUAAAUAUUAAUGUUAACAUCUUAUUAAAAUGCCACCCAAUUCCGUUGUAAAAACAUCCCUAAUUGUUGGUGGAUUAACAUUUCUGGGUUUUAUGGCUGGAGGAAGACUUGGUUCUAUGUUUGGAGCAGUUAUUGGAACAGUUGUUUGUUCAAUGUUAAACAUAGACGAACCACCAACAGGAUUUCAAGACCCUCGGCCUCGAGAUGAAAAUCCUCGCUUUACACCUUAUCCCCGUCCAAGCAAUACAAAUCGGAAUAAUAAAAAUAAAGUCAAUAAAUCUAAAAAUGAACCGUGUGAACUAUCAAAAUGUUCAAUAUGUCUUGAACCGUUUAAAGCUUCAAUUGUAUUAUUACCAUGUUCACAUAUGUGUUUUUGUGAUGAAUGUUUUGAAAAAGUGAAAAAAAAAAGGGUUACUAAUUGUCCAAUUUGCAGAGAAAAUAUUGAUGAUUUUAUGGAUGUGUAUCCUUCAUAAGCAGUAUUCUAACCAAUCAAAUUUGAUAGUAAUUUUUUUAAAACAAUAAAACUGUAAUAUUGUUUUAAUUUGUGAAUGAUCUUAUUUUUUAAAUACUUGUUAUAUUUAUCUGACAAAUGUAAUGUACUUAAAUAAUAUAAUUUUAACUUUUAUUAAUGAACACUUUUAACUAUGUAAAAAAAAAACUCAAAUAAUUAUUAAUUAAUAAUAAUUGAUAAGGGAAGUAAAAAUGUUUUCUUUUUAAUUUUAUUAUAAUGAUGUGUUUACAUAUAAUAUAAUGUAUUCAAUAUAAUAAUUAUCAAUAUUAAAGAUACAAGUAGAGUAAAUUUACUGACUUAUGAACUAAGGAGCCUAUUAAAUGCAUUGUUUUAGUAUUUAA